GCGGGCGGGCGAACGGAGUUGGGGCUGGGGCUUGCUGCUCUUGAUACGCGUAGGCGUCCGGCUUUGAAAUGCAGCGGGAUUUACUGAGUUUCCCGCUGUCCCCAGCCGUGCGGGUGAAGCUGGUGUCUGCAGGUUUCCAGACUGCUGAGGAACUCCUAGAGAUGAAACCGUCCGAGCUCAGCAAAGAAGUUGGGAUAUCUAAAGAGGAAGCCUUAGAAACUCUGCAGAUUUUAAGAAGAGAAUGUCUUACAAUUAAACCAAGAUACACUGCUACAGCUGAGUCAGGCAAGAAGUGUACAGCACUGGAACUUCUUGAGCAGGAGCAUACCCAGAGCUUCAUAAUUACCUUCUGUUCAGCACUAGAUAAUAUUCUUGGGGGUGGAAUACCCUUAACCAAAACAACAGAAAUUUGUGGUGUACCGGGUGUUGGAAAAACACAAUUAUGUAUGCAGUUGGCAGUAGAUGUGCAGAUACCAGAAUGUUUUGGAGGAGUGGAAGGUGAAGCAGUUUUUAUUGAUACUGAAGGAAGCUUUAUGGUUGAUAGAGUGGUAGACCUUGCUACUGCCUGUAUUCAGCACCUUCACCUUACAGCAGAAACACAUAUGGGAGGGGAGCAUCCAAAAGCUUUGGAGGAUUUCACUCUGGAAAAUAUUCUUUCCCAUAUUUACUAUUUUCGUUGUCGUGACUAUACAGAGCUGUUGGCACAAGUUUAUCUCCUUCCAGACUUCCUUUCAGAACACUCAAAGGUUCGAUUAGUGAUAGUGGAUGGUAUUGCUUUUCCUUUUCGUCAUGACCUAGAUGACCUAGCCCUUCGUACUCGAUUACUAAAUGGCCUAGCCCAGCAAAUGAUCAGCCUUGCAAAUAGCCACAGAUUAGCUGUACUUUUAACUAAUCAGAUGACAACGAAGAUUGAUAGAAAUCAGGCCUUGCUUGUUCCUGCAUUGGGGGAAAGUUGGGGACAUGCUGCUACAAUACGGCUAAUCUUUCAUUGGGACCAAAAGCAAAGCAGGUUGGCAACAUUGUACAAAUCACCAAGCCAGAAGGAAUCUACAGUACUGUUUCAAAUCACACCUCAGGGAUUUAGAGAUGCUGUUGUUGCUACUGCAUCUUCUUUGCAAACAGAAGGUUCACUGAAUUUCCGGAAACGGUCACGAGAAUCAGAAGAAGAACAGGAAUCCAAAGACUAGUCUUAAAUAAGCUCUACACAUAACAUGGGGUUUGAAUUCAAGAUCCUGAGAUCAAAAGUUGCAUGCUCUACCAGCCAAGCCAGCCAGGUACACCCAUUUACCCUAAUUCUUUUUCUAUGAAGUGGCUGUUCAUAUUUUUUUGUCCAUUUUUCUAUUGAGUGGUUGGUCUUGUUAAUUUGUAACAAUUCUUAACAUCUUAAGGAAGGCAUUAGGCCUGUAUUCACUGUAUUUAUCCCAGUUUUUCUAACUUUCUGCCUUAUAAAAGUAUGAUUUUUAUAUAGCCAAUCUUUCACCAUUAUUUUGAUUGAGUGUUGUCUUCUAUUUAGAACUUCCCACUCCAUGAUUAUUAAAUGCUCCCAUUUUUACUUAUAGAAUUUUCAAAAAGUUUUAUUUUAUUUUUAAAUCUUUCCAUUUGGAAUUUAUGUAUAUGUUAGCUGUGGCCUUGGGUCUUGAAUUUGACAGAGGAUCUCUGGUUAAGGGGAAUUAAGUGAUAUCUUAGAAGGCAGUUUUAUGAAAAAUGCAAGUUUAUUCUAAUGUCAUCCAAACUCUAAAGGCAAAUUCUGUGGAGGACAAUUAUUAGAAUAUACUAGCAGUUUGCUUAAUGCAUUUUUCUUUGUGAAUUGUAAGGUUUCUUUAUUUGUAUUUAUUUAGGUACAUAUGUAUGUAUGUACAAUCACUCUAUACCCAGUGUGAGGCUCCAACUCAAAUCUGAAAUAGAGAAUCACAUGAACUACUACAGAGCCAGCUAUAUGCCCCUUAAUUCAUUUAUUCAUUCAUUCAUUUAUUAAAAGAUUAUAUAUUUAUUUGAGAGAGAAAG